AUGAAGCCGUUGACCACUCUACUCUUUGUUGGCCUGGCCUUCAGCUCCACUAUUUAUGCGGAGGUGUGCACCCAAUCCAAGCUGCUGGCUAUCGCAAGUAGCUCGUAUGUGAAAGGAUGCAUAUCUAAAGUGGGUCUCGAAAGUAUCACAUCUAUAUCGACGCUGACAGAUGAGAAGAUCAAGGCCGUGUGUGAUAGCAGUGAUUGCAUGGCGCUCAUGGAUGAAAUGAGGACAAUAAUUAUCGAUGACUGUAACAUUCCUGACACCACCAUUUCGCUGAAGAAGGAUCUUCUUGACCCUUUCAAGAAAGCAUGCAGCAGCAGCGGAUCGGCUGACUUGUCGUCGAGCAGUGUUGGUGCAACAUCAGUCGGCAGUACUGCCUCUGACUCAACCUCGUCGAGUGUUUCCGCUACAGUGUUGCCUGUUUCCUGGGUCUCUGCUGUUGCGCUGGUCGUGGCUACACUAGUGUUACAGUAG